CUCACCACCGCCCGACAGAAUCCGUGCUGCCAAAUUCCCCAAGCUGUUUCGCUUCAAGGAAUUCCCCCAGGCAGCAGUUUAUCAGACUCAAAAGAGUUCAUUGUGCAGCUGAAUCACAGAAGCUUGUCGGGAGCUCAAAACUUGAGUGAGAUAGUCAGAUUUAGGUCUCAUCUCACCAACACCACCACCGCCACCGCCACCACCGCCUCUGCGUGCGUUCGCAGCGGGAUUCGCCAUGGAGUUUUUCUUCUACGCGCUCUUCGCGCUGCUGCUGGCGCUGUGCUGCGGGCUGGAGUUCAGCAAGGGCCAGAACGACCGCGUGCAGACGAGCUCCGCGUUCGAGGCAUUCAAGAACAACUACCUCGUCGUCUACUGCCUCAUGAUGGCGGGCGACUGGCUGCAGGGGCCGUACGUGUACGCGCUGUACCAGCACUACGGCUACGACCAGGGCGACAUCGGCCGCCUCUUCAUCGCGGGAUUCGGAUCCUCCAUGAUCUUCGGCACGAUCGUCGGCUCCCUUGCUGACAAGCAUGGGCGGCGCAACGCGAGCAUCAUCUACUGCAUCACGUACAUCCUGAGCUGCUUCACCAAGCACUCGCCGCAGUACGGCGUGCUCAUGGUGGGCCGCGUGCUGGGCGGCAUCGCCACGUCGCUGCUCUUCUCCGCCUUCGAAUCCUGGCUCGUCGCCGAGCACUUCAAGCGCGGGUACGAGGCGCAGUGGCUGUCGGUGACGUUUUCCAAGGCGAUCUUCCUGGGCAACGGCCUGGUGGCGAUCGUGGCGGGGCUCAUCGCCAACACGCUCGUCACGGACCUCUCGCUGGGGCCCGUCGCGCCCUUCGACGCCGCCGCCGUGCUGCUCGCCAUCGGCAUGGCGGUCAUCAUGUACACUUGGCCCGAGAACUACGGCGACGCCAGCGAGAACAAGGGCCUCGCAACGCAGUUCAAGACCGCGCUCACUGCAAUCACGUCCGACGAGAAGAUCGCGCUCCUGGGCGCCAUCCAGUCGCUGUUCGAGGGCUCCAUGUACACGUUCGUGUUCCUGUGGACGCCUGCUUUGUCGCCCAACAACCAGCGCAUCCCGCACGGCUUCAUCUUCGCCACCUUCAUGCUCUCCUCCAUGAUCGGCUCGUCGCUCGCCUCGCGCCUCAUGGCGCGCCAGAACCUGCGCGUUGAGCUCUACAUGCAGAUCGUCUUCUCCGUCGCGUCCGUCUCGUUGCUCGUGCCCAUCCUCAAUUUUGUGUUCAUUGAGCCGUCGCCUCCGGAGGGCGGUGGCAUCACGGCCGGCGGGCAGUUCCAGCUGGUGGGGUUCUGCCUGUUUGAGGUCUGCGUGGGCAUCUUCUGGCCGUCCAUCAUGAAGAUGCGGUCGCAAUACAUCCCCGAGGAGUCCCGCGCCACCAUCAUGAACUUCUUCCGCAUCCCCCUCAACAUCUUCGUCUGUGUUGUCCUCUACAAUGUGAGCGCGUUCCCGAUGACGGCCAUGUUUGGCAUGUGCUCCUUCUUCCUGGCCAUCGCUGCCAUCCUCCAGCGCAAGCUCAUGGCAGCUGCCGUCAAGCAUGCCACGUAUGUCUCAGCAACCGUGGACAAUUGGGAGACAAAAGAGCUCAAGGAUACCUCUGAUACUGUCCCAGCAAUAUAGAGUUGCAGCUCUGGCAUUCCACACAUCAUAGCAGUUCGGAUUUUGUCACGUGCUGGUAUGCACCCUCCGUGUGCUGAUGCAUAUCUUGUUGCAUAACUGGUAUGUAGGAGUAAUGCUAGGCGACAUAUAGGAGCCUUCAUAUGCAAACCAACACAAUUUUUUACAUACACAUGAGAUUCUUUUAUACAUGUAAGAUAGUGCCCCGCUUUUAUACAU